GAAUUAUCCCCCAGAAAAAAGAAGUGAAGUAGAAGAAAUCUGUCUCACUGAACCCAGUUUAGAAGGGGAAUUGGAUUUAGGGGAUUUUACUUAUGAAUAUGGUGUGAGAGUAUAUAUUUCUCCUCAG